AAAUGGCAUAAGAGUGGAAAUCCCCUCUACUCCAAGACACAGAGCAGCCAGACUCUUUUUCAAUAAACUAUCAGUAAUUCAUGCUUCGCUAAACUGAACCAAUACGCCUACAUCUAGUUGCACACGAUUGACCAAGUUUCAAAAAAUCACACCAAAUGCAGAUGGCGCUGCCGCUGCCCAGCAGCCCGGCACUGGACCUGAUCGGUAAUGACAGCCUGCAGGACUGGGAAGUGAUUGGUGGAGGGGGAUUCGGACAGAUCCACAAGGCCAGGCAUAUAAAGUGGAGGUUCGAUGUGGCCAUCAAGUUGCUGCAUUAUGAUGAUGGCUCUAGCACGUCCCUGCUUAAGGAGGUAAAGAAUAUGCAGAAGGGAGGGAGCCCCCAUGUGGUGAGGAUUCUGGGGGUGUACCAGGGGUGCCCUCCCUCUCCAGGUAGAGGCCUCUCCACCCAGCUGGGUAUUGUGAUGGAGUUAAUGAACAUAGGCUCCCUGGCCACCCUCCAGGCCAGCCUCUCUGGCCCCCACCCUGGCCCCUGGCCUUCCGCCUGGCCCACCAGAUCGCUCUGGAAUUAA